AUGACCAGUCAAACGCCGCUACUGAUUGUGCCAGACCCUACAGGCGAACCUAAGAAGGUCCAUAAGGAUGCUACAAGGUUUGAUAUCAUCUCAGCUUACAAAACUUUUGUGAGCGAUCCAGAUGUGUUCCCUCUCGGAGCUAAUAGCACAGACGGAAAGUACGUUAAACAGGCUGAUGAUCCCUUGCCACUCACUGACUCGACUUGGCCACCUUACAGUAGCGACAAUGUUCGAGCUCAUGGAAGCCGUGAAGGAUGCUGCGACAAGACUGAAACGCCAUUACUCUCACAACUCUGUAUCUCUAUCGGCUGGUUCACUCAUCAUCUGAAGGACUUUGAGGGGUUUAAAAAUAAUAUUAUAGCAGCCGUACGGGAAUAUGCACAGAAUACCAAACGAGUAAAGGAUACCAUUGCGGAGCAUGUCGAUGCAUUCAUCAAAGACGAUUCGGUGGGUCGCCGCAUCUCAGUUUAUGUGACCGAAACUCGCCCUCGUGGUUUGGGCAUUCGAACUCAUGAUAUCCUCACAAAAGGUGGCAUCCCGUGCACAAUUAUUCUCGACUCAGCUGUCGCAUAUACCAUGGACAAGGUGGACAUGGUGCUUGUUGGUUGUGAAGCGGUUGUGGAAAGUGGAGGCAUUGUCAACGCGAUCGGCUCAUGUCAGAUGGCGAUCAUCGCACAUGCGUUCAAUAAGCCGGUCUAUGUACUUGCUGAAAGGACGACGGACAGUAUGCCUGGCCUCCUGUUCGCAUCUCCAAGUGUACCAAAACCGCCGGUUACUUCAUCUUCAAUGAAUUCUAUGACGAAUGUUAUGCCAAUCAGUCAAGUUGGUAGAAACCCAGAGGUUGACUAUACGCCACCAGAGUACAUCACUCUCCUCUUUACGGAUGCCGGUAUCCUGACACCAGAAGGCAUAAGCAGUUAUUUGGUCACAAUGUCUCUUCGAUCAGAGUCCUCAUAA